UUGCUACAACUUUUGUGUAAUUUCGAACCACGUGCUAAAGGAAUAAAAUUCUAUUUUGAUCGGAUAAUUGUAGAAUAAAUAAUUUGCUGCGAUAUAAAAGAUAGAUAAAGAGUUAAAUAGUACAAAAAACGUGGAAUGGAGAAGGAUGAUACUGUCGAAGAAUCACCUACAAUCGUGUUAAUUUCUAAUGAAGGUGGUCGUUACGAAGUUGAUAAAGAUUUAUUACUACAGAACAGUGAAUAUUUUCAAGCUCUGGUAAACAGUGGAAUGAUUGAUGCCCGUUUCAAAGAAAGAGGCGACAUGUUACGCUUGGUUGAAUCGGAUCUUGUUAAUGUUGGCAGUGAAUUCGAUAUUUUUGAUUUGGUUGUAAAGUGGGCUUCAGUUGAGGAAUCAAGAAGACAGGAUGCAGAAUUAUUAUUCAGCAAAGUGAGGUACAAAUUAAUGACUGAGAACAAAAAAAAGAAGACAUGUGAAGUACUUAAUGAUUUAAAAAUAAACGUUCAGACUGAAUGCGAUGGUUUUCGUUCUGUUGGCACGAUAUUUGCUUUUGGAAUGCCCCAUUCCCAGCACGUGAUUCUAACUUUAACACGUGGUUCUAACUUCAACACGGGAAUGUAUUAUGUGGUUAGGUUCCAAAUUAACAGCAAUGAUUUGACGACUGAAACCCCGGAACUCGUGGCCGCGAGAUAUGAAUCCUUACUCAGACUGUUAGAGAACAAAAUCAGACCGCGCCGAAUAAUCAUAUUAAGCCUGGUUUAUAGAAAAGACCUUCAGAAAUGGAAAGUUGAUAAACUAAAUGUCUCAUUGAAACAAUUCCAGUCUACCAUUGUUCAUUUCUGGAAGCUUUGCAGAGUGGGAGGAGAUAAUAAUAUAGGACCUGACGGCAUCCACCUGAAUGAACGUGGAAUGAUGAACUUUAAGAGAAACAUCAUUUAUUCUCUAAAGUGCACGAAAUAA